UCUCUCUCCACCAAUCGCCCGCCCGUUCCCAAAAUUUGAAUUCGCAUUUCUCUCUCCCUCUCUCUCUCACACACACACAACACGCACACGCACAGACAAACAAAUUAAAGAAAUGUUUCUUGGAUACUGAACAAAAAUUUCCCCUCAUUAUUAUGAAUCAUUCUUUUUCCCCUUUUGCAUUCAAAUCUUAACCUCAUUGCAGUCCUCUACGCCUAGCCCCAACAUUCUUUGCCUCCGCCAUGGGCAGUUGUUUCAGCAAGAAGCGUUCUGCUCCAUCUUCUUCGCAAGCAGCGGCUACUGUCACCAUUUCAGGGUCCUCACGGUCUCUGCUCAAGCCUAAUAAUGAGACCCAUGUGGAGAAAGAGCAGGAGGAGAAGAAGAAGCAGGUUGCAGAGCCAGAAAUGGGGAAGAAGAAGGAAGAAGAAAGAGUGAAGAAGGAGAUUUUUGUUAUAAAGCACCGGAAAAGCCAUGAUGGUACUGUUGACAGGCGCCCGCCUGAUGGGGUUUCUUGUGCUGGUAAUAGCCCUGUUGGUACUAAAUGUGAAGCAGCUGAAAUGGGUACCAACAAUUCUCCUGGUUUUGGGAAUGAUGCUGUGAUUAAAGGGGUCGGAGUCGGGGAAAGAGGAGGCGAGGUGGAUCUGGCAGCACCACCUGCUGUGGCAGCCAUGAGGACAUCGAGCUGCAGCAAAGAAGAGCUCGAUGCCAUUCUCAUACAGUGUGGCCGCCUCAGCCGGUGCUCCUCUGGGAAGGCUUCUGCUUCCGAUGCAGCUUCCGGGAGUGGCAGGAAGUAUUCGGGAUCAAAGAGGAGUUAUGACUUUGACAAUGAUGAUGGUAAGAGGAAUGGGGACAGCGGCACUGCUAACAACGCAUACGGCGAUGAUGAGGAUGAUGAGAAGACGGAGAAGCUGAAUUACCGGCGGCAACGUGAUGGCCGCCGAUCUAGGGCCUCUUCCCACGAAAGGAGGAGGACACCUAGUAGGGAAAGGGAGCAGCAGCAGCGCUCCGGGAGCAGAGAUAGGGGCGGCAGUGGCAGCGGGAGAAGGGUGAGCCGCUCACCGGGCAGAAGAUCAGAAAAUCCCCAAACUACUACUACUACUACUACUACAAAUAGUGCUGCAGCUGCUGCUGGGUCAGCAGAUAAAUCUUCAGCACAAGCUAAUUGUGGGAUAACAAUUGGUACCAGGCCAGGGAAGAUGGUGGCAGUUCCUGCCUCUGUUACAUCCCUGGCAAUGGAUAAGAGCAACAACAAUGGGGGUAUUGAAAAUGCUAACACCGCCCCAGUCAGAAGAGUUUUGGUGAGGAGGAACUGUGGAGAGGCAGGGGUUGGUUCUCGGACAAGUGCGUCGCCUCGAUCUCAAUCCCCAGCAAAUCCAAAUGGGAAUGCCAAUUGCCACCAGCAGCCUUCGCUUAGCCGCGGCUCUUCAAGGAAAGCAGAGCAGUCUCCUUACCGAAGAAAUCCCUUGAGUGAGAUCGAUACCAACUCACUUGCAAUCCAACAGCAACCACCAUUUUCAAACAAAAAUGUAGCAAACACCACCACCAUCAAGGUGCAGAACAGCAACAAAACUACAGAUGUUGAUGGAGAAGGAUACCAACCCAAGGAAUUGCCCUCCAAUGUUAGGCCUCUGAAGACCAGUGUGGAGGUAAGCAAUAAUAAUGUCCAAGUGAGCAACAGAAGCAACAAGAGCAAUGCACCAGAGAACAAUGUUGCGACUGUUAAUGGCGGAGCAGAGGAGCAGCUGCAUCAGAUUGCUGAAGGACCCUUUGAGCCUAAAGGAAUGAAUCCAAAGAAAAGCUUGGUUGAAGUGACUACAGUAGCUGCAGGGGAUGAAAUCUUGGAUCCUCGGACGUUAACGAGAAGCAGAUCCUCCAGGCGAUCCCGAGACCUGGAUUUCAAUCCGGACAGCCUAAUGAAUCCCAUUACAUCAUAUAACAAGCGAUUGCUUGAAGACAUUCAAAAUUUUCAUCAGAAGAACACCUCGGGCCCCUCAUUCUCUCUCCCACCGUGUGUCACCAAGGCCUGCUCCAUUCUUGAAGCCGUAGCAGACCUCAAAUCCUGCACUGCCAAUCUGUCUUCUGGUUUUUCAACUGACAAAAGAAGCCCCACAGCAGCUGAUUCAAGCAAUAGGAAAGAAAAUAACUUUUCUCUCAGUGUCAAUGCCGGUGCGAAGAAAAGAAUAGAAGCAAAAGACCCUUUUAUGGAAUCUGAGAUAGUUGUGAAUGAUGAUUUAAUGGAGCCCAGCUUUCACAAGUAUGUGACUGUGAGGAGGGGAACAAUUGGUGGAGAAGACAUGGAAGAGCAGGAAUCCUCAGGAAGCAACAGCUUUGUGGGUAGUGGUCAGCAGCAUUGGGGUUCUUCUACGUGGGAACCUAGUUCGGCUGAUUCAUCUGAUUGCUGGACUUCAAGGUCUAACAACAUGAAAGGGGAGGAACCGAGUCCACCGGGCUUUCAGAGGCAGGACUUAUUGGCAUCAGGCUGUGAUGGAGAUGAGGGCCGAGGAAGGUUGAGCAGAAAGAAGAAGGAGUCCGAUCACCAACAGAACAGGAUUGGGCGUGGUGGCAUUGGUGCUGGUAGAGUAGGUGUUCACACAGUACCUGCAGUUGCCACUGCUGCUUCGAGGUAAAUGGGAAUAAUGCACUCGGCUUUAGGUUGGUUUUCUGGUUGAUGAUGUAAUUGUGUUGUUAGCAGUUGCAUACUUGCAACAUUUCUGAAUUUCAGUUUAAAAAUAUUCGCUUGGAGGGAGGCAAUGAACAUCAAUCAUCAAAUGAAAAAUGAUUUAUCCUUACUGCAUCAGAAA